AUGGACUCCGAUAUCCUAAACACAAGCCGGUCCCCAGAGUUACAAUUUUCAAAAUACUUUCUGUUAUCUCUACUUCUUUUUCUGAAGAAAAUGCCCCUGAAGGUUGUGGUUGUUGGGUCCGGCGGCGUGGGCUCGAUGGCUGCCUACGCAUUGAGUUUGAAUGCUGAGACAACGGCAAUUGUGCGUUCUGACUAUAACCAGGUGUCGAAGCACGGCUUCAGCAUAGAGUCUGUGGAUUACGGAACAAUUGAGAGCUUCAUGCCCCAACACGUGGUUCCCUCAAUCGGGGAGGCCGCAAAACAGGGUCCCUACGAUUUCAUAGUGGUGACCACGAAAAACACUCCGGAUAUUAGUAAAGGUGAAGAGCUUAUCGAGCCCUUGGUGGGCGCGGAAUCCACCAUAGUGCUAGUUCAAAACGGCAUUGAUAUCGGGGCGCCCUACGUGGCCAAGUACCCACAGAACGUUGUUCUUAGUGGUGUCUCGAUGAUCUCAUCAACAAACUACGGGGGAAAAAUCACCCAUGUGGGUCACGAUGAACUCAUGGUGGGCUACUUCACCAACCCCAAUCUCCCGGUCGAGCCCCAAGAAUCAGCUGCGAAAUCCUUUGUAAGGUUGUACAAGAACGCCCACAACGAUUGCGUAUAUGACGAAAACGUGAAGUACACACGCUGGCGCAAACUCGUGUAUAACGCCACGUUGAACACUAUUUGCUCCUUGACGGGCGUAGACGUUGGAAGAUUGGAGCUCUUUGGCGGCAUGGACAUGGUGCGCACGGCCAUGAGAGAGGUGUUGGCCGCGGCCAAGUCUGACGGGGUCGAUUUACCGGAAAGUAUCAUGGAGUUCAUGAUCAGGUCGGACGACGGCAAUUACUACGCUCCGCUGAUGUUGGUGGAUAUUCGCAAGGGCAACUACAUCGAGCUUGAGGUGAUACUAGGAAACGCUGUGCGAAUCGCCGAGAGGAACGGGGUGGCCGUGCCGACGCUUUCCUUGGUGUACAAGUUGCUAGCAGUGGUACAGAAGAGCACCAUGGAGGCCAAGGGGGCGAUUGACGUGCCCAAGGAGAGGCCCGUUCCCAGCAAGAACGGAUCCACCAACGGUAUUUAG